AUGCUGGAGAUCGAUCAAAUCGAACUGCCGUCGAGCUCCGCCUCCAGUCCUUCGGACCAAUCGAUUCGCAGUGGAAAAUCCGAGAAAACGCUUCGAAAAUCCGGAAAACCGUUUCAAUUUGUGCCGAGCGCGUGUCAAGUUUGUCUCGGAAAAGCCACUGGACACCAUUAUGAUGUACGCCGUUUUGUUUGUGGUCAUCGUGGUGAUCGUUGCGGGACCAGGCGAUUUUGGGCAGACCAAUUUGAAGACGGUUUUCAGGUAGCCUCCUGUAAUGGCUGUAAAUCGUUCUUCCGGAGGGUGACCAUCGAAAAACUGAAAUACAAGUGUCAGGCGGAAAGACAAUGUUUUGACGGCAUGAAACCUGGCGGUGAGUCUUUAUUAUACACGAAAAUCGAAACGAAAAACCACAUUUCGAGAUCCGGUCCCAAAAUGUCGAGCGUGUCGAUUUCAAAAAUGUCUGGCGGCCGGAAUGAAUCAUUUGGGAAUUCAGUCGGAACUUCGGAAACUUGGCGAAACUUUAUCGAGUGAGAAGACAAGGGAAUGCACAGAUAUUGUCGUUUUACCGAAAGUGAGUGUUGUUUGUCUUUAAAGGACUAUAUCUCGAUAACUAAUAAGCAUUUCAAAAAGUUGUCAACUGCAAAAUUGUUGCAAAUUUUGUGCUAAACAACUUUGUAAUUGAUCAUUUUAUCCCAAACUUCUUCAUUUUCGAGUUGUGCCUCUUUUUCUAAACAGUAGGUGUUCAUUUGCAACAUUUCAGAUUGUGGAACCGCCAAAAUCGAUAGAAGCCCAAGUGGCCGACCUCAUAAAACAUCUCGUGAAUCUGGACAUGAAAACAUCGGCAUUCCGAGACUGUACAUACAAUCCGACGAGUUUUCCGUCCCUAAAAGAUGCCAUCAGAAAUGAGCAUUCGAUAAUUGGUCUCGCCGAUCGAAUGCCGGUGAGUAAUACGACUUAAACGUGGUGUCCAACGUGACAAACAACAUAUUUUUAAAAUAAACUUCGAAGUGGGGCAUUCAUUUUCCCAAAGUCCCGAAUUACGCAAAAAAAAUUCCCCGAUUUUUAGGAUUUUUUUCAAAAAAGUUAAUGGUACCGAGAGAAGUACACGGCGAAAUGGAAGAGCUGGCCCAGAUUUUUCUAGUCCCCGGAUGGAAUUCCCCUUUUUUUCCGAUUUUUUUCCGUUUUCGUGCAAUUUUCUUAAAUUUUCAAUCGUUUUUUCACUGAACACACUUAUUUGCAAUAUUUAAAAACAUUUAUAAUUUUAUCUGUGCCGUGACGCCACAAAAAUCGAUAAUCUGAAACUUUUUUUUGUUGUUGUUUUUCCGGGUUUUUCGCUCAAUCUUCGGUUUGCGCGCUGAAAAAUAAAUAGAAAGAGAUCGCUCAAUCAUUUCCUGAGUCUAAAUUAAAGUUUGCGAGUUACAGAAAAAAAAGAAAGUUAUAUUUUUCAAAGUAAUGCGAAAAAUCCAAAACUUUCCAUUUUCAGUUUUACAAAAAGUGGCUGAAUUUUGAACGUUUCAGAUUAUCGAUUUUUUUGGCGUCACGGCACAGAAAAAAUCAUAAAUUUUUUUUAAAUAUUGCAAAUAAGUGUGCUCAGUGAAAAAACGAUUGAAAAUUUAAGAAAAUUGCGCGAAAACGGAAAAAAUCGGAAAAAAGGGGAAUUCCAUCCGGGGACUAGAAAAAUCUGGGCCAGCUCUUCCAUUUCGCCGUGUACUUCUCUCGGUACCAUUAACUUUUUUGAAAAAAAUCUUGAAAAUCGGGGAAUUUUUUUUGCGUAAUUCGGGACUUUGGGAAAGUGAAUGCCCCACUUCGAAGUUUAUUUUAAAAAUAUGUUGUAUGUCACGUUGGACACCACGUUUAAACCUCGACGCGUUUAGCGCAGUAAGAACGUCCGAGAUUGUUUUUCUGUUUUCAGCCGAUGCCCGGAUGGCCACUAGCGCCCGACGUGAUCGCCGAAAUAAAAAAGCCGAACGCGAGUCCGGGAACGCCGCGAACGUUCCCGCCGCACGUGAAACGGUGGCUCAUGUACGAUCUGCUGACGAUUGUCGAAAUGGCGAAGACGUUUGACUUUUUCAAAAAGUUAUCCGAAAGCGAUCGAGUGAGCAGUGUUUGAUUAUUGUCGGAUUCCAAAAAAGUACAGUGUUCCAGUUCUAUCUGUGUCGUGACACCGCGCUAAUGGUUUCCAAUUUGACGAGAGCAUUUUUCUGUUUCGAAAAGAAUCGAGAUGAUAUGAUUCGGCCGGAUGGACAAGUUUUGAGCCAGCAGCCGCCGACUUGGUAGGCAUUUUGAAUUGAAAACGAGGAAGCAUUGAAUUGUUUAGGUUGCCGGUGGACAUUCAUCAAAAGCUCAUCCGAGACAUUCUGAAAAGAGCAAUCGGGAGCUUGAUCCGGCUGAAAUGCUCGAAAAUUGAGUUCCUCCUCCUUCGCGCCAUUGUGUUGUGCAAUUCCAGUGAGUUUUUGUAAAUGCGAACAACCGAUUGCGAGCAAAAAAACACGCAUUUGAAUCAAUUUGCAGCGGCGCCAGAAAUCUCGGCGGAAGCGCGAUCGAUUCUCUCGCUGGAAAGAUGCAAGUACACGCGCGCGCUGCUCAACUACGUGAUGGCCAACAACGGAAUGGACGGUCCCGGUCGGUUCGCCCAAGUUUUGAAUAUUAUCGAUGUGCUCGAGCAUCAACAAAAGGACCAGAGGGACAUUAAUGUGUACCUUGCAUUGUACCGCCCGAAAUGGGUCAAAGUACCACUGCUCGAUGAUGUUAUGCUCACUUGUUAG